CCAACAACCACAAGAACCCCGAAAAUCUGAAUUCCUUUGUUGGAUCCGGAGAGACCUGGUCGAGAGCAAGUCCUUUUCGGCUGCGGAUUGUUUUCCUGCAACCCGUCGUCCUUUUGAUCCACCUCCAAAACAAAUCAAGGUCGUUCAGGAGGGGAUUGGCCCUGGUUCUAUCUCCUUCGCCGAGGCUGUUAAGCGAGGGCUGAAGAUGUCAGAUCGCCGUGUCGGGGGGAGCAGCAAUCCGUCUGCCCCGGCCAAGGGGGUAGGACAGAAGCCUGCUGCUUUUGCUGGGCGGAAACCAACUGCGCCUGCAUCAAAGGAGCAGGCCCCCGCCCCCAAGCCCACCAGAUCCAGAGCUUCAACUGCUGGAUCUGCUCAGGUACAAUCGUCUCAAUCUGUAGAGGUUGAUGUGGAGCAAGUUCUUGAUCCUAGGUAUAAGGAUAUGAUAUGUUUUAACUGUGGUGGACCGGGACACUAUGUUGGGAAUUGUGUGAAGCCGAAAACCUGCUUUAUCUGUCAGCAAAACCACAACGUAAACAACUGCGCAGCGUGGUCUAAUAUUCAACCUACUGCUUCCUUUUUCGGUAGUGGAGCUCAAGGUCUUGGUUUCUACCAUGUGGAUGUACCUAUUGCAAAUGAAUCCAAAUGGUAAAAUUUCCAGAAUUGUGCAAUGGUCAACAUCCUAAAGGGGGACGUGAAUUGUGCCAAACUGAUGGAAUUGCUAUCUGCUACCUUCUAUAAAACUAAACAUUGGCCUUGGCAAAUCAGAGGGCUCUCUAGUAAGACCUUUCUGGUCAGGUUCCCCCCUUGGAAGAAAGUGGAAGAUCUUAUUGAAUUGCAUGGGUUCUCCCUGCCAUAGGAUGUCAAUGUGACACUAACUGAAUGGAAGGGUGGAUGUGACCCUUUUGGUGAGUUGAUAGAAGCUUGGGUACUGAUUGAACGGAUUCCCCCAAAAUGGUGCACUUGGAAAGUAUUUGCACAAAUUGCCUCAUUGUUUGGGGUACUUACAGAUGUGGAAUGGAAUGGGAUGUUCAGAACUUUCUUUGAGAAUGUCAGAGUUAAGAUAGCAUGCAGAGAUCCAACCAAGAUUCCUUUUGAGAGACUGAUUGAAAUGAAGAAGAAGCUGUUCUUGCUUGGCUUCACUGUUGAGGGCUUUGAACAAACAGGUGGGGUUGAUUCUGUUAUUGAUGUAGAUGGGGAUGAGGAUGAUUUUGAGGAGGAUGAGAGAGCUGAGGAAGAUCAGAUAGGAGGACAGGGUGAACAUGCUCCUGAUGGGUCAGGUGGUGGUGACCUAGCUAUUGAUGAACUUGACAAAGCCAAUUUCCCAACCAAGCAAAAAAUCAUCAAGCAAGUCUAAUACUCAGAUGAUGGUGGUUGCACCCAUUAGAGAUGAAUAGAUGUUGACCAGGAAGAAUUUAUUCUGAAAUGUGCUUUGACAGCUACUAGCAUUGAUGAUUCAUCUUCUGAUGGACAUGAACCUGCUCUUGGUUGUGUGGGUAAUCCUACAGAUCAAGCCAUGGAUGCUAAUGGGAAAAAAUGGGAUAUCCACAAAACUCCUUCUCCAAUCAAGGGAGAUUCUGUAAACAUGACUCCUGAGAGGAAUACUGAGAAUAUGGAAUACUGUGAAGAUCUAUUGAGAUCAGUGGACAUGUGUGACUCUGAAAAUGAGGAAAUAGAAGAUGAGUUGGGGGUUCUCCCUUCUGAGGCUGUCCAAAUCCUCCAAAGUGAAACUUGGAGGAGGUCCCUGCUGGAAUCACUUACUCAAGCCGAAGAAGGGGCUGGUCAUGAGAACAAGACAAGAUGGGGCACGGUUGUUACCAAAAGACCUGCUACUAGAGGCCAUGGCAAUGUUAACAUCAUAGAAAAAGCUGCAGCCUACAAGAGGAAGAAGAAUCUGGAAAUCCCAACCACAUUCAAAGGGGCGAAGAUGGCGAAGUAUACGAUGUGUUUUGGACCUGUUGGGGGCAACGAUCAAGAAGUGGAAAAUACUAUGAUCAGAAUCUCAGGGUGCGCUACUUCUCCAAUGUUUAAGGCUACUGGACCACCGAAGAGGGGAAUUGCUUAGGAUUGCGUGGAGAUAAAAUGCCAUCCCCCCCCCCCAAACACAUCGAUGGGUUAUGUUUCUGCUAGUUUACAAUUCUUAGCUUUGAUUUUUAGUAAGCUGGCAGGUGGCUCCCUGGUUAUAUCUCUUGAUCUGAACUACCCAAGAACUUGUAAUAGGGCAGUUUUAAAACCCGUUCU